AUGAUAUUCCAGUUGGCGAGGAGCUUCCAUUCCAGUUCCGUGUGCCGAGCUGCUGAGUCCUCCCUCCUGGCUAAAUUGAGGAAGAAGACAGGAUACACUAUAGCAAAUUGCAAGAAAGCACUGGAGAUGCAUAACAAUGAUGCUGACAAGGCUGAAGGAUGGCUCAAUGAACAAGCCCAGGCAAUGGGUUGGGCAAAAGCUACAAAGUUAGCUGGACGGACUGCUCUUCAAGGCCUUGUUGCUGUAAAAUUUGAUAGAAACCAUGGGGCACUUUUAGAGCUCAAUUGUGAAACUGACUUUGUCGCUAAGAACGAUAAGUUUCAAAAAAUGAUAGAGGAUGCAACUUUUGCUUGUUUUAAGUUUGCACACACACAUUUACAGUCAAAAGGACCAGUUACAAAGAUGGAGCUAGACAGUGAUCAAUUGGGAAACUUAUCAGUUGGAGAAGGAAAGAAGCUCUCAGAGAUACUGGCAUUAUUUAUAGGCUCUGUUGGUGAGAAUGCCGUCUUAAGAAGAGCAGAGUGCUGGAAGGCCAACAAUAGCGAUGUAAAAAUUGCAGGAUAUACACAUCCAGCUCCUGCGGUUGCAGGAGAAUAUUCUGCUGGAAAAUAUGGUGCAUUACUUGCUUAUAAACAGGCUGAUAAUCAAGAAGACAUUGGUAAAAAGCUUUGUCAACAUAUUGUAGGAUGUGCCCCAAGAAAGAUUGGUAAUAAAGAAACAGACGAACCAGCAAAGAAUAUUGAUGAUGAAACAUGCCUGAUUUAUCAAGAAUAUUUAUUAGACCCAUCCUAUACAGUGGAUGAAGUUCUUCAGCAAAAUAAGGUUGAAAUCAUAGAUUAUGUAAGGUUUUCAUGUGGAGAAGCAGCUGAAGCCAAUAUGCCUGGUGUGGAAAAGCAACCCUUAGAUACGGUUCAAACAGUACAG